AUGUCCCCAUGGAUCCUCCUGCUCCUGGGCUCUCACGUUUCCGGGCGGCAGGUUCUUGGCAUCAUUUGCUUCGUAAAAGCCAGUCAGAAUCUGGGGCUAGUUCCCUAUCAACAAAACCCGUAUGGCUCCGGGGGCAGCUCCACCGUCAUCCAGUGCUACCGCUGUGGAGACACAUGUAAGGGAGAGGUGGUGCGCGUCCAGAGCAAUCAUUUCCACAUCAGGUGCUUCACCUGCCAAGUGUGCGGCUGUGACCUGGCCCAAUCCGGCUUCUUCUUUAAGAACGGGGAGUACAUCUGCACCCAUGACUACCAGCAGCUCUACGGGACCCGCUGCGACAGCUGCCGCGACUUCAUCACUGGAGAGGUCAUCUCUGCCCUGGGCAGGACAUACCACCCCAAGUGCUUUGUCUGCAGCAUGUGCAGGAAGCCGUUCCCCAUUGGAGACAAAGUGACAUUCAGCGGGAAAGACUGCAUCUGCCAAGCUUGUUCCCAUUCGCUGAUCAGCUCCAAGCCUAUCAAGAUUCACGGGCCGAGCCACUGUGCAGGCUGCAAGGAGGAGAUCAAGCAUGGCCAGUCGCUCCUGGCCCUGGAGAAGCAGUGGCACGUCAGCUGCUUCAAGUGCCAAACCUGCGGGAUCAUCCUGACUGGCGAGUACAUCAGCAAGGACGGCGUUCCAUACUGCGAAUCUGACUACCAUGCCCAGUUCGGCAUUAAGUGUGAGACCUGUGACCGGUACAUCAGUGGCAGGGUCUUGGAGGCAGGAGGGAAGCACUACCACCCAACCUGUGCCAGAUGCGUCCGCUGCCACCAGAUGUUCACGGAAGGGGAGGAGAUGUAUCUCACAGGUUCUGAAGUGUGGCACCCGAUCUGCAAACAGGCAGCAAGAGCAGAGAAGAAAUUGAAGCACAGAAGAACAUCAGAAACCUCCAUCUCGCCCCCUGGUUCCAGUAUUGGUUCCCCCAACCGAGUCAUCUGUGCUAAAGUGGAUAAUGAGAUCCUUAAUUACAAAGACCUGGCAGCUCUUCCCAAGAUUAAAGCCAUCUACGAGGUGCAGCGUCCCGACCUCAUUUCCUACGAGCCCUAUCACAGAUACACGUCAGAUGAGACGCUGGAGAGAUAUAGCUAUGGGGAGUCCCUUGGAACGCUGUCUCCGUAUUCUCAGGAUAUCUAUGAAAGUAUUGACAUACGGCAGAGACGGGCCUCCAGCCCGGGCUACAUCGACUCCCCCACCUACAGCCGCCAGGGCAUGUCUCCCACCAUCCCACGCUCCCCACAUCAUUACUACCGCUCAGGCACAGAGAGUGGGCGCAGCUCCCCCUACUAUAGCCAGUUAGAUGUGAGGUCUUCUACUCCAACCUCAUACCAAGCUCCCAAGCAUUUCCACAUUCCAGCUGCCGGAGAGAGUAACAUCUACCGGAAACCCCCCAUCUAUAAACGACACGACAAUCCACCUGCAGCUACGAAAAGCAAAACCAGCGAAGACAUUGCACAAUCCUCCAAAUACAGCCCAGCCUAUUCCCCGGACCCGUACUACCACUCGGAGUCCGAGUACUGGCCUUUCCAAAGUUCGCCCAAAGCACCGCGAGCCCGCAGAUUCUCAUCAGGGGGAGAAGAGGAUGGGUUUGACCGGGGGAUGCACAAGAUCCAGAGCGGCAUCGGCAGGUUGAUCCUGAAGGAAGAGAUGAAGGCACGAUCCAAUUCUUACGCUGACCCCUGGACGCCACCCCGCAGCUCAGCCGGCAGCAGAGAGGCCCUGCACACAGUCGGCUACGAGAGCUCACUGAACGGCUCUCCCCGGACACAUUACCUGGCUGACAGUGAUCCCCUCAUUUCGAAAUCUGCAUCCCUCCCUGCCUACAGAAGGAACGGGCUGCACAGGCCUCCCAGUGCUGAACUCUUCCACUACGACAGCACAAACGCCGUCAACUGGGGGAUGCGAGAAUACAAGAUAUACCCCUACGAGCUGCUCAUGGUGACCACCAGGGGGAGGAACCAGCUGCCCAAAGAUGUGGACAGGACUCGGUUAGAGCGCCACCUGUCACAGGACGAGUUCUAUCAGAUCUUCAGCAUGACCAUUGCAGAGUUCGACCGCCUGGCCCUGUGGAAGAGGAAUGAGCUGAAGAAGCAGGCACGGCUGUUUUAA